UCAAAUAGAUAUAUUUUUAAUGUUGAAAAAAACAACAUAUGUUUUUUUACAUGUCAUCUAAAUUCUUCUGCUUUCUCUUUGAAAUGUACAGUAAAUCAGAAAUUGGUCACUGUUAAUUUAUAUAUUUAUUUGAACUCAAAGUUUUGGUAUCAAAUAAUGUGUACGUCAAUUAAUUUCAUUUAAACUCUUACAUUUAAAGAUUAAUUAGAGAGAAACCCGAACCCACAAAAUCAUAACCAACACUUUGAUCGAAUCACCAUUUGACACGUGUUUCUGUCUGCUACACUAACAACAUUUUUAGCGGACGCUGUCUCAUCAUUCCACCGUAGCUUUUUUUUUUGUGUAUGAAUUUUGAACAAAAAUACGAAUUAAGACCAUAUCAAUUUUUUAUUUUUUUCGCCAAGACCAUAUCAAUUAUAAAAAAAAAACCUAGUUUUAUCUUCUAUAUAAACACGCACGUACAAACCAAGCAUGGCGGCUCAUUACUCAUUUGUCUCAACCUUAAAUUAUACUAUAAAAAAAAAGAGAGAGAGAGAGAGAGCUAAAGAUAUGGGAAGAGGGAGAAGUUCAUCGUCUUCGUCGAUAGAGAGUAGCAGCAAGAGCAACCCAUUCGGUGGUUCAUCAAGUACUCGGAACCUAAGCACGGACCUGAGGCUCGGACUCAGCUUCGGGAAAUCCUCAGGGACUCAAUAUUUUAACGGUGGUUAUGGAUACUCCGUUGCAGCUCCGGCGGCAGAGGAGGAGGAAGAAGAGAACGAGUGUCACAGUGUAGGGAGCUUCUACGUGAAAGUGAACAUGGAAGGAGUUCCAAUUGGAAGAAAGAUCGAUUUAAUGUCUCUUAAUGGCUACCACGACUUGAUCAGAACCCUCGAUUUCAUGUUCAACGCAUCCAUUCUCUGGGCUGAAGAAGAAGACAUGUGCAACGAGAAGAGUCAUGUGCUAACGUACGCAGAUAAGGAAGGUGACUGGAUGAUGGUUGGGGAUGUUCCUUGGGAGAUGUUCUUGUCUACUGUGAGAAGACUGAAGAUUUCAAGAGCUAAUUACCACUACUGAUAUAUAAAUAAGUCUACGUACUUGUGUUAAAUCGAAGUAAUGCCAAGAAAGAAGUUUUUGUCGGAUGUAAUUAAUCAAUCGUCGGAUAUUUAUUAUACUAUUUUCGUUUUUCCUAUGUGAUAGUACAUAAAUCUUGAACUCACUCUGAGUCUCUGAUUA